AUGGCGGCAAUAGCGUUGUACCUGGCAAUGGCGGCAAUGGCUUUGCUGAUUAAUGGUGCUGCAUCUGAUGGUACAACCAGGUACACCAACCACACUGUGGGUGACUCUGCCGGUUGGGUCUUCAACUCCAACACCAAUAAAACUUCUGCGGAUUUCACUGCUUGGGCUGCCAAACAGACUUUCAAUCUUGGCGACUUUUUAAUAUUUAAUACAAUCACAAACGAAACAGUGAUCCAAACCUACAAUAAGACAACUUAUGACAGCUGCAUUACGGAUGAUGCUUUAGAUAGCGAUACAUUCCAGUACGACGGUGGCAGCAACGAAUUUGGGCAGACAUUGACUAUACCGGUGCCACUGACUAUCGAGGGUGCACAAUACUACUUCUCAGAUGCCGAUGAUGGGGAACAAUGUCAGCAUGGUAUGGCCUUUGAGAUUAAAGUUGGCCAUGGAUUAGGACUUCCCCUAAGCCUUAGCCAACCGCCACCACCACCCUAUGCUCCGCCACCAGUACCAUCAGACGAGGGGCAGUCACCCCCCAUAUCAGUGGUGACAAAUCCAUCUAAUAAUGGUGGGAUGAGGGCUGGUGUUGGCAUUUGCUGGUUAUUCUUAUUGCUUCUUGUUAUUCUCUCAUUCCUGCAGGCUUGA